AUGCUCAGUUUGGUGUGUAUUGCUAGAGAGAAUUUUUUUUCUUGGGAGGGUGCAUGUGAUCAGCACAGGGCCAAUCAGCACUGUCCAGACAGAGGGUCAGAGGUUUCACAUCCUCCUACAGCAGAAAGAAAACUCCUCCUACAAGCUUUAACCAGCGCUCAGCUGGACACUGAUAGAAGUUACAAGACUGCUCUAAAUACUGAUGAGAAAAGGUAUUUAGGAAGUAUCAGUUUAGAUUUUCUAAAAUAAUUGCAUUUCCAUGUUGUGUGUACUGUGGGAGUCCAGAUAUAGUGAAUGCAGAGUCCGGG